AUGAACAAACUUUGGAAGUGGUUCACUGGAAAAAGGGAUGAGUGCUCAGUUACUUAUUCUCGAUUUGGUAUAGCUGCUCUCUAUUUAAUUAUACGCUUAGGUGAUAUUUUGGACGACCGUCCGCGACCAUCAACUAUUUAUAUCGCAGAAUUUGAUGAUAACGAUCCGAAAUUUAUAUUCUUUAAGCUUUGUCAUGCUCAAAAAGCUGCUGCGAUUGUUGCAGCAUUUGGUAUGUCAUUUAUCAUUCUCAUUUUCAUAUCUGUAUUUUUUGAAUUUGAUUGGUACAAUCACAAGACAGGAAUCGAUAUCAUCACAUUAGGAUUCAUGUUAAAGGCUGUAUGCCAAUGUCGUUAUUACCUUUCCUGUAAAGAAAUACAUUUAACUGCAUUGAAAGUUGCAGAAAGCAGUCGCACGAAAUAUCCUGGAAUUCAUGUUAUUUUUUCUUCGCCAGUACUUAAUAGCAGUUAUCCGGUAAAUAAUGCCAACAGUAGUGGAGUAGCUGAUGUAUCCACAAUCGAGCAAGGGAUUAAUUCGUCAUGGUAG